AUGUGUAAACUUGUACCCUCCUCAAUGGCUGUAUCGCUUCAAACUAAAUACAGUCUAAGUUCCACCACCGAUAACAUCCCAAGAAGCCACCGUCCCUCGCUUCUCCGUGUACGUGUCACUUGCUCGGUUACUAACACCACCACCAACUCUAACCCUCACCGGGAGAAGCUUGUGGUUGGGAAACACCUUGUGAAUCCUCCUCUGUCCAAUGACCCAACUCUGCAAUCGACAUGGACCCACCGCUUUUGGGUUGCAGCGGGCUGCACCUCCGUGUUUGUCUCUUUCGCCAAGUCGAUCAAAGGAGGCUUUGGUUCUCAUCUCUGGCUCGAACCAGCUUUAUCCGGUUUUGCCGGAUACAUCUUAGCAGAUCUAGGCUCUGGUGUGUACCACUGGGCCAUCGAUAACUACGGUGACGAAUCAACGCCUCUCUUAGGAAACCAAAUCGAAGCUGCUCAAGGUCACCACAAAUGGCCUUGGAUCAUCACCAUACGGCAAUUUGCCAACAAUUCACACGCUCUGGCUCGAGGCAUAGCCUUGACAGUUCUCCCACUCGUCCUCGCGUUUAAUGACCCUGUGGUUCAUGGCUUCGUGAGCACGUUUGCGUUUUGCGUAUUGUUUUGCCAGCAGUUUCAUGCUUGGGCUCAUGGAAGCAAGAGCAAGCUUACACGUCUAGUGGUGGCGUUGCAGGACAUGGGGAUACUCCUUUCACGGACACAGCACGUGAAUCAUCACCGACCACCGUGUAACAGUUACUGCAUAGUGAGUGGGGCGUGGAACAAGGUUUUGGAUGAAAGUAAGUUCUUUGAGGCAUUGGAGAAGGUGCUGUAUUUCCAGUUCGGGAAUUUUUAUCUCAGCGAAUAA